UUCAGUGAUCUGAUCAUAACAAACAAUCCCAACACAUGUCACUUCAAUUUAAAUUGUUAAACAAAUGUUUUUCUUCAUUGUUUAUUGUUAUAUAUUUUCUUAUAUUUAUGCUUAAAAAUGCCUACAAGACAUGAUAAAAUUCGACAAGUUUUGCGUGAUUUUACGUUCGACACAGAACUACAUAAAAAAAUAUCUGAGAAAGUAAUUCCAGCUGAUGAUUCUCAUAACAAAUCUAAAGAUGAUUUAAAUAAUCAUUUAAAAAGUUUGGCAAUUAAUACAGAGAGUGUUCAGCAUGAAGCUCUCAAUAAAAUGAUGGCCCUUUCUUUCUUUGCUGCUGGCGAAGAGGCGAAGGGAAUAAAUCAUUUAGUACAAGCUCAUGCUGUCAUUCAUAGGCAACAAAUAAAUUUUAGACAUAUUAAAUCUAAAAUACGAGAUCAAGUUUUCGCGUCAUCAAUAAAUUAUGGUAUAAAUCCAGAUUACAUUGAGUUUGAUGUUGAUUGUAUUGAUGGGCUUAAUUCACUGAAAGCCAAACUGUCAGAACUUCCUAAAGAAUGGUACAUGAUACAAGUAACUGUUCAAUAUGAACCACCAAAAGCGUGUCAACCACCAGUAACUACGCAUCCAAUGCACGUAGUAAUUUUACCUACUGGUGAAAAUUCCUUCGAACCUUUUUGUAUAACUAUACCAAAACCUCCUACGAAUAUGUUCGAUAUCUGUAAAGAAAUUACAGAUUUAUUACUUAAAAAUAAAACUGAUUUAAGAGGCAAAUAUACGAAUCAUAAUAUAUAUUGGAAAAUGAGAGCUAAACAAAAUAACACCAUGGAGAGUGCAGUUAAAGAAAUGGAAAAUAAUUGGCUACGAGAAUGGAGAAUAUUAUUUAUAGCAGAUCCACUGGUACCUUCAGAUUUAAUUAAAAGCCUGCAUGAUAUGAUUGAUAAACUAAUAGCUGAUGAUUCUACUCAUGAACAAGUGUCUCCAAAAGUUGAAUGGUUGUUGAAAAAAAUUACCACAUGCUCUUACUGUUUAACAAAGACAGAAAUAAUAAGAGCAGUUAAUUAUAUACUUGCAGAUAAUAAAAAACUUGCUAAAAAUAUUAUUUUAUCAAUCCAUGGAAGGCAAAAAGAAAUUAAUCAACUUCAAAAUGAAAAAAGAAAGACAUUAGUUCUAGUUAUCGAUGAACAUAUGGAUUACCUACCCUUUGAAGCAAUGAGUCUGUUAAAAAAACAACCCGUUACUCGAUUUUCAUGUGUUCAUUUAGCUUAUGCAAUGUUUAAAGAACAUGAAGAUACGAUAGAAGAAGGCUGUAAAGUUAUUGAUUAUCGUAAAGAACUGUGUACUUUUAUUGUUAAUCCGGAAAAUAAUUUACCAAGGAUGGAAGCGCGUUUAAAACUAUUUUUAAAAUAUUGGCUGUCAGAUUGGAAAGGAAUUUACAAUAAAAGACCUGAUCAAGGUGAAUUUUCCGCAGCAUUAACAGAUCACAAUAUCCUUAUGUAUAAUGGUCACGGCAACGGUGUUCAAUUUUUUUCUGGAGAAGAAAUAGAACGUUCACGAGUCAACUCAACAGUCCUUUUGUUUGGGUGCUCUAGUGUAAAACUUGUGCCUGUUGGAGGACGUUUUCCACCUUAUGGGGUGUCAAAUCAAUAUUUAACAGCUUCUAGCCCAUGUAUUGUAGGAAUGCUUUGGGAAGUUACAGAUGGAGAUACUGAUAAAAUGACUGCUAGUUUCAUAAGUAAUUGGAUACCUUCUACAGCACCAAGACCUUGGUCUCAUGUUGAUACUGAACGAUGGAUUAAUGGUGAACUCAAGUUUAAAGGUGUCGUACAAACAUGUGAGUUUAAACAACUGCAAGAGCCAGAAUUGUUGCGAGCGUUUGCUGAAGCAAAAGAAGUUUGCUCGCAAUAUAUGACUUCAGCAGCAGCUGUUGUCAGAGGAUUGCCCAUUAAACUUAAGUAUUAGAUAAAAAUACGAAAAAAAAUAAUGUCCUUUUUUUACAUAAAAGUAAUUUGAUUUAUCGUAAAAAUGGUAUAAACUUCAGUCAAAUGAUUUUUGUAUAAAACAAUUAAUCAUCUUGCACAAAGGC